GUUCAGGUGCAAGUCCACCCUAAGCUUUCAUCUACUGAAGAUGCGUUGCAGUAUGUGGAGGAGUUAAUUCUCCAGUUGUUAAAUAUGUUGUGUCAAUCCCAGCCAAGAAGUUUUCUGGAUGUAGAGGAUCGUGUUCAAAAGAGUUUUCCCCAUCCUAUUGAUAAGUGGGCAAUAGCUGAUGCCCAGUCUGCUAUUGAGAAGAGGAAACGAAGAAAUCCAUUAUCUCUCCCAGUAGAAAAAAUCCAUCCUUUAUUAAAGGAAGUUCUAGGCUACAAAAUUGACCACCAAGUGUCUGUUUAUAUAGUGGCAGUGUUAGAAUACAUUUCUGCAGACAUCUUAAAGUUGGUUGGGAAUUAUGUGCGAAAUAUAAGGCAUUAUGAGAUUACAAAGCAAGAUAUUAAAGUGGCAAUGUGUGCUGAUAAGGUAUUAAUGGAUAUGUUCCAUCAAGAUGUAGAAGAUUUAAGUGCACUAACUUUAUCAGAUGAGGAACCCUCAACAUCAGGGGAGCAAACCUAUUAUGACCUAGUGAAGUCAUUUAUGGCAGAGGUUCGACAAUAUAUAAGGGAACUAAAUCUCAUUAUCAGAGUUUUUAGGGAGCCAUAUGCCUCCAACUCCAAACUGUUUUCAUCUCAUGAUGUGGAAAAUAUAUUUAGCCGUAUAUCAGACAUUCAUGAACUUAGUGUGAAGUUAUUGGGUCAUAUAGAAGACACUGUUGAAAUGACAGAUGAAGGUAGUCCUCAUCCACUAGUAGGCAGCUGUUUUGAAGACAUGGCAGAGGAACUGGCAUUUGAUCCGUAUGAAUCUUAUGCACAAGAUAUUUUGCGACCUGGUUUUCAUGAUCAUUUUUUAAGUCAGUUAUCAAAGCCGGGAGCAGCAUUUUAUUUACAGUCAAUAGGUGAAGGCUUUAAAGAAGCUGUUCAGUAUGUUCUACCCCGCCUGCUCCUUGCUCCUGUUUACCACUGUCUUCAUUAUUUUGAACUUCUAAAACAAUUGGAAGAAAAAAGUGAGGAUGAAGAGGAUAAAGAGUGCUUAAAGCAAGCAAUAACUGCCCUACUAAAUCUUCAAAGCAGCAUGGAACGGAUAUGCUCCAAAAGUCUUGCAAAACGAAGGCUUAGUGAAUCUGCAUGCCGGUUCUAUACUCAGCAGAUGAAGGGGAAACAGCUAGCCAUUAAGAAAAUGAAUGAAAUCCAGAAGAACAUUGAUGGCUGGGAGGGUAAGGACAUCGGUCAGUGCUGUAACGAGUUCAUCAUGGAAGGGACGCUGACGCGUGUGGGGGCGAAGCACGAGAGACACAUCUUCCUGUUUGAUGGCCUGAUGAUUUGCUGCAAGUCGAACCACGGCCAGCCGAGGCUUCCUGGUGCUAGCAACGCAGAGUAUCGGCUGAAGGAAAAGUUCUUCAUGAGAAAGGUACAGAUCAACGACAAAGACGACACUAACGAGUACAGACAUGCUUUUGAAAUCAUCUUAAAAGAUGAGAACAGUGUUAUUUUUGCUGCUAAGUCGGCUGAGGAGAAAAACAACUGGAUGGCAGCUUUGAUAUCUUUGCAAUAUAGAAGCACGCUGGAAAGGAUGUUGGACGUGACGAUGUUGCAGGAAGAAAAAGAGGAGCAGAUGAGGUUUCCAAAUCCGGAGUUUUAUCGAUUUGCAGAACCUGACUCUGAAGAGAAUAUUGUGUUUGAAGAGAACAUGCAGCCCAAAUCUGGAAUCCCCAUCAUCAAGGCAGGAACUGUUGUCAAGCUCAUUGAGAGGCUGACUUACCAUAUGUAUGCAGAUCCCAACUUUGUUCGGACUUUUCUCACAACGUAUAGAUCCUUCUGUAAACCUCAAGAGUUGCUGAGCCUGCUAAUAGAAAGGUUUGAAAUUCCAGAGCCUGAGCCAACAGAAGCUGAUCGUAUAGCUAUGGAGAACGGAGACCAGCCUCUUAGUGCAGAGUUAAAGAGAUUUAGGAAAGAGUACAUUCAGCCUGUGCAGCUGCGAGUACUGAAUGUGUGUCGGCACUGGGUAGAACACCACUUCUAUGACUUUGAAAGAGAUGCUGAUCUUCUGCAGCGUUUGGAGGAAUUCAUUGGAACAGUAAGAGGCAAAGCGAUGAAGAAAUGGGUUGAAUCGAUCACAAAGAUAAUCCACCGGAAGAAGCAGGCACAAGCCAUUGGGCCAAGCCACAACAUUACUUUUGAGAGCCCACCUCCAGCAAUUGAAUGGCACAUAAGCAAACCAGGACACACAGAAACUUUUGACUUGCUCACGUUGCAUCCAAUAGAAAUUGCUCGACAGCUCACUUUACUUGAGUCAGAUUUCUACAGAGCUGUGCAACCAUCUGAACUAGUUGGAAGCGUGUGGACAAAGGAAGAUAAAGAAAUUAAUUCCCCCAACCUUCUCAAAAUGAUAAGGCACACAACUAACCUCACUUUGUGGUUUGAAAAAUGCAUUGUAGAAACAGAAAACCUAGAGGAAAGAGUAAUUGUCGUGAGCCGGAUAAUUGAGAUCCUGCAAGUUUUUCAAGAGCUAAACAACUUUAAUGGUGUCCUCGAGAUCGUCAGUGCUAUGAACUCUGCAGCAGUCUAUAGACUGGAUCACACAUUUGAGCAAAUUCCAAGUCGCCAGAAGAAGAUUUUAGAAGAAGCUUAUGAGCUGAGUGAGGAUCAUUAUAAGAAAUACUUGGCGAAACUCAGAUCCAUUAAUCCUCCUUGUGUGCCUUUUUUUGGGAUUUACUUAACAAACAUUCUGAAAACAGAAGAAGGCAACCCUGAAUUUCUAAAGCGGCAUGGGAAAGAACUUAUAAACUUCAGCAAGAGAAGAAAGGUAGCUGAAAUAACAGGAGAGAUACAGCAGUACCAGAACCAGCCAUAUUGUUUAAGAGUAGAAUUUGACAUCAGGAGAUUUUUUGAAAACCUGAAUCCAAUGGGAAACAGCAUGGAGACAGAAUUUACAGAUUAUCUGUUCAACAAGUCACUAGAGAUAGAGCCACGAAAUGUCAAGCCUCCACCAAGAUUUCCCAAAAAAUACAGCUAUCCUCUCAAGUCCCCAGGCGUUCGUCCCUCUAAUCCAAGGCCAGGUACCAUGAGACAUCCUACACCCCUGCAGCAGGAGCCAAGGAAAAUCAGUUACAGCCGCAUCCCAGAGAGUGAGACUGAAGCUACAGCAUCUGCACCGAACUCUCCACGGACACCUUUGACCCCUCCCCCUGCUUCUGCUACUUCAAGCACUACAGAUGCCUGCAGUGUCUUUGACUCUGAUCCUUCCAGUCCUUUUCAUGCAAGAUCUGCUUCUGUGUCAUCCAUAAACUUUACCAAAAAUUCAGAUGAAGCUCACGUUCCCCCUCCAGUUCCUCCACGAAGACGACCAGAGUCUGCCCCAGCUGAAUCCUCCCCAUCAAAAAUUACUUCUGCACACCUGGACAGCCCACCAGCAAUCCCUCCUAGGCAACCGACCUCCAAAGUGUAUUCACCAAGGUACUCAGUGUCUGACCGGACCUGCAUCUCUGACCCCCCUGAAAGCCCUCCUGUGUUACCACCACGAGAACCUGUGCGAACUCCAGAUGUUUUCUCUAGCUCACCACUACACCUCCAGCCUCCACCACUGGGGAGAAAAAGUGAACUUGGUAACACCUUUUUCCCAAACAGUCCAUCUCCGUUUACUCCCCCUCAGACACCUUCUCCACAUGUAGCACGGAGGCAUCUUCCAUCACCGCCUUUGAUACCACAGGACGUGGACCUCCAUUCUGUUGCUGGACCACCCGUUCCUCCGCGACAAAGCACUUCUCAACAUAUCCCAAAGCUUCCUCCAAAAACUUACAAAAGGGAGCACACACACCCAUCGAUGCAUCGGGACGGGCCGCCCUUGCUGGAGAACGCCCACUCCUCCUGAAGCGGCGCUCGCGCCGGGAGUCGCGUCUUCCUGGUGCUACGUCUGUUGCUGGCAAUGGAUGCACUGACCCUGGUGGUGCCAAGGAGCUGGGAUGUGUAUGCCAAACACUAAAAACUCUCCAGU